CCAACGGUCCAUUUUCAUGGCUAAGAAAUCGUUUACCGACUUCCCCUUCCACAACACUUCUUUGAUCUCUUCAACGCUUCAGAAGAUUUUUCUUCGUUUUUAUUGUUUUUUUUUCUUUGUUAAUUUGUGGUUAAAUUCUUCUGCAAGCAGACUUUUUUAAUUCCUCCGCAGUUCUCCGAGUAACAGCGCGUUUUGAAAGAUUCUAGCUUUGAACGAUUCGCCGAUCGCUGCCUUAUUUUAUGGUUUAGGGUUCUUGAGUUCGGAAGAUCGUUUGGGGCUUUUCAGGGUUUGUUGGUGUGAUCUUGAUAGAAUCAGGCGGAAAGGGACGGUCUUGUUUUGGGCAUUUUAUAGAGUAUUAUCGAGCCAACAAAAUGUCUAGAGUUGGUGUACCAAAGACGCCUAAUACAAAGCUCUACGGGAAGAACAAUGGAGCAUCUGGCUUUUCAAGCAACAACCCUUUCGACUCUGAUUCGGACACUGAAAGAAAUGCUCGACCUACAAGAGCUUCGUCUGCUCCGGCAAUCAACCAGUCGAGCCACAGAGGUCCAAAAUCUACUUAUGAAGCAAGUGGGCAUUCACCAGCUUCGCGUUCCGCUUUUGCCGCCGGGACGAAUCGGUACGAGAAUGGACUCGAUGAAUAUAAUGGUUUUGAGAGCCAGUCAUCAGUUCAGGAACUGGAGAAGUAUGCUGUACAGCAUGCAGAGGAGACCACACAGAAAAUAAAUGCCUCUUUGAAGGUUGCUGAAGAGAUUAGAGAAGUUUCCUCUAAGACUCUUGUUACCCUUCACCAGCAGGGUGAACAAAUAACUAGAACUCACUUAACUGCAACAAAUAUUGAUCAAGAUCUUAGUAGGGGGGAAAGGCUCCUCGGAAGUCUUGGCGGGCUCUUUUCGAAAACUUGGAAACCUAAGAAAAGCCGCGAUAUAAAAGGACCUAGGCUUUCAAGAGAUGAUUCUUUCAUAAGAAGGGGCAAUCAUAUGGAGCAGAGACAAAAACUCGGAUUAGUUUCUCCUCGGUCCCGAUCGAAUCCCCCUGAAUUCAGGGAUGAACCUUCAUCUGCCUUGCAAAGGGUUGAGAUGGAGAAGGCAAAGCAAGAUGAUGCACUUUCAGACCUCAGCAACAUAUUGGGUGAGCUCAAAUCAAUGGCAUUAGACAUGGGAUCUGAAAUUGAAAGGCAGAAUAAGGCUUUGGAUCACAUGGAAGAUGAUGUACAGGAACUAAACUACAGAGUACAGGGUGCCAAUGCGCGCACUCGCCGCCUUCUAGGAAGAUAAAACAGAAAUCUGUCAGUGUUUGUUGAUCAAGACCAAGUUUUUACAGAACUUUUUCAGAUAAUUGUAUUGCAAUGGAUUUUACCUGGGCUGAUGAUGAACAGCAGGUGUUAAGUGGUAAAUCUGUGUUGGUGAUCAUUGUAAUUUUUUUUCUUUAUAAACAAUCACUGACUUAUCAAAUCAGACGCUUUGUAUUUGGUUAUUGUAAUGAAUUUUAGUUUUGGGAA